AUGAAUACUAAUUUCCAUAAUGAACGAAAUAUUCCUGGAUAUGAUCCUGAGUAUCCAAUUGAAGAAAUUAUCAAGGACGCUCCGCGAAUAAUGAAACAGCAAGCGAAGUUGUUGAAAGAAGAAUUAUCUUCAAUCGAACUCACCAUGGAAAAGAAAGAAAUGUUUGAAGAUCUUGGUGGUUUGCGCCAUGAUGAAGCUCGAAUCGAAUGGAAGUUUGAUACACCAGAGGCAAUGUCCAAAUGGUUCACUGGGUGCGAUUCGGAUUGGAAAGAAGGUUUCUCAACAGUACAACUUGUUCCUACUGACAACAACACGGCACUUUUCAAGGGCAGUCUUUCCACAAAAAUCAUAAAAGACGGGCGUAUAGAACGAGCUGGAUGGGCAACCAUGAAGUUGGAAGAUAAGAAGUUUUUGAAUCGAAAAAAAUUUCUUAGGAGUUGGAGGAAUUACACCCACCUUCUUAUCAAAUGCCGUGGUGACGGACGAAGUUACAAGGUGAUGCUCCAUGCUCCGAAAACGAUGGAUUUGACUUGGGGAGACUCGUUUUCCUAUCCACUGCAUACUCGAGGUGGUCCAUAUUGGCAGUACGAAAAGAUACCUUUCUCGAAGUUUUUUCACACCGUAUCUGGACGAAUUCAGGACAAACAAUAUAGAGUAUGUCUCGAAGACGUAAGCUCCCUUGGAAUUGUACUGAUGGAUCGUAUAGAUGGUGAUUUCCGACUAGAGCUGGAUUAUAUUGGCGUUUACAACGACCACACGCAUUUAGAAGAUUUUGCUUAUGAAACGUAUGUGUUACCGUUAUGGAACACGGACGGGAUGUAG